CACACACACACACACACACACACACACACUGUGACCUUGUUUACAUAAAUGUAUUUUAUCUUUAUUAUUUUUGAGUCUUUGUCCUGAGCGGUGGAUAUUCAGGAGUCAGAUGUGUGUGUCCAGGUUUCUGCAGUGUGUGUCCUACUCUCUGGUUCCCAUGGCGAUGGUCUGCAUGCUGUGCAACAUCCUGCUGCUACUUCCUGAUCUGAAGAUCCACUUCCUGUUGGACGGUCAUGUGACCAGAGAGGCCACCUGGGCUCCAGGGCUAUGGGGUUCCGGGUUGGUGCUGUUAGCGGCCCGGUCCUUUCUGAGGAGCAGCAGAACCACCGGCUGCUUCACCUUCCGACGGCAGAUGUUCUUUCAGAUGCUGUUCUCAGGUGUGUGUGUUCUUUCGGCUGGGUUCUGUUCUCUGGUUUCUGCCACGGCUCUCACUCAGGGUCCUCUCUGUCUCUACAACGACACACAUACUCUGACCUGGGGGGUUCCACUGCAGCCUCUCGCAGACCGCCACUCAGGUUAUUUGUACAACAGGUCCGUCUGGUACUCGGUGUGUGUACAGCCGGGGGGGGUGGUGCUGUGGAAUGUGGUUCUGUUUGGUGUGAUGGGGGGGGUCAGCGCUCUGCAGACACUGCUGUGUGGAGUCAACGUCCUGAACACCAUGCUAGGACUGCUGCUGGGGGGGGGGCAACAAGGUCAGUCCGGUUGCAGUCUGAAGUUUCGUCGUGGAUAUCUAAACUCCUCAGAUACAAGAACGAAGUCCCCCAUGAAAACCUGGAGGUAAUAAAACCAGUUCUGAUUCUACACUGGAACGUUAUUGCGUGAUGACGUCCUGUGUGGCUGACGCAGCGGGGGCGUGGCGUCACCUGUCUCAGGUAAAAAGGUUCUGCGACAACAGAGAGCUUCAAACAGGAAGUGAUCAUCUUCGCCUGCAGACCUUCAGACUCACGGCUCCUCGAGGAGCUCCGGAACAAGAUCUACA